AUAAGAGCUUGCUAGAUGCAGGGAAUGGGCUGGAUUGGGGACUGUCAGGCACACUGUUAGCAGCAUGUCUAAGAAGGAGGCGGAGAAGAAGAUGAUGGAGGAAAUCAUGGAGUCCAAAGUAAUGUGGUACCCGGACUCCAAAAGAAUUACACAGAUGGACCAAUUCAGGGCCAGAGUCAACAGCAAUUAUGGGCUCAAUCUGGAAAGUUACAAUGAUCUAUACCAGUGGUCUGUGGAGUGCUAUCCAGAGUUUUGGGCGGAAUUUUGGGACUUCAGUGGCAUUGUAUAUUCUCGCCGGUAUGACGAGGUAAUUGACAGGACGAAAGGAAUUGCUGAUAUCCCUGAGUGGUUUCGAGGCAGCCGUCUGAACUAUGCAGAGAAUCUUCUUAAACACAAAGAAAAUGACAAAAUUGCUCUGUAUGGUGCCCGUGAAGGCAAGGAGAAUGUGGAGAAGGUUACGUUUGAAGAGCUUAGAAGGAACGUCGCCCUGUUUGCAGCUGCCAUGAGGAAGAUGGGUGUUAAUACUGGGGACAGAGUCGUUGGUUAUCUUCCAAAUAGCAUUGAGACCGUUGAAGCAAUGCUGGCUGCAGCUAGUAUUGGAGCAAUCUGGAGUGCUACAUCUCCUGACUUUGGAGUCAACGGUGUUCUGGACAGGUUUUCCCAAAUUCAACCAAAGUUAAUCUUCUCAGUUGAAGCUGUAGUUUACAAUGGAAAGGAACAUGCACACCUGGAUAAGCUACAGAGUGUAGUGAAAGGAUUGCCCGACUUGAGAAAGGUAGUUGUGAUUCCUUAUGUACACCCAAAAGAAAAAAUCGAUAUUUCCAAGAUCCCGAAUAGUGUAUUCCUUGAUGAUUUCCUGGCAACUGGAAAAGUUGGGGAUCAGGCCCCACAACUUGAAUUUGAGCAGUUACCUUUCAAUCAUCCCCUGUUCAUUAUGUAUUCUUCGGGCACAACUGGAGCACCAAAAUGCAUGGUGCAUUCUGCAGGGGGAAGCAUGAUACAGCAUUUAAAGGAACACAUUCUGCACGGUGAUACUACCAGCAAUGAUAUUAUUAUGUACUACACCACGGCUGGAUGGAUGAUGUGGAACUGGCUGAUUACUGCAGUAGCCACUGGAGCUUCUCUGGUUCUUUAUGAUGGCUCUCCCCUUGUCCCAAGCCCAAAUGUGCUUUGGGAUCUGGUAGAUCGCCUGGGAAUAACCAUUUUAGGAACAGGUGCAAAAUGGCUGACUGUGCUAGAAGAGAAAAAACUCAAGCCACGUGAAACAAACAGUCUAAAGACAUUGCACACAAUACUAUCCACAGGAUCACCACUGAAACCCCAAAGUUAUGAUUAUGUUUAUGAACACAUAAAAAGCAAUAUUCUUCUGGGGUCCAUCUCAGGGGGCACUGACAUCAUAUCUUGCUUCAUGGGCCAAAAUGUAUCCAUUCCAGUUUACAGAGGAGAAAUUCAAGCAAGGAACCUUUCAAUGGCUAUAGAAGCCUGGAGUGAAGACGGAAAAGCAGUGUGGGGAGAAAGUGGAGAGUUGGUGUGUUUAAAGCCUCUACCUUGCCAGCCUACACACUUCUGGAAUGAUGAAAAUGGGAGCAAAUACCAGAAAGCUUACUUCUCUAAAUUCCCAGGUGUCUGGGCCCAUGGAGAUUACUGCAAGAUAAAUCCCAAAACAGGGGGUAUUGUCAUGCUGGGGCGCAGUGAUGGGACUCUGAAUCCAAAUGGGGUCCGAUUUGGUAGUUCGGAAAUCUACAACAUAGUUGAAGCAUUUGCAGAAGUUUCUGAUAGUCUGUGUGUCCCACAAUACAACAAAGACGGAGAGGAACGAGUCAUCCUUUUCCUUAAAAUGGCCAACAAUUUUGAGUUCAGCAAGGAGCUGGUGAAGAAAAUAAAAGAUGCAAUACGCGUGGCACUUUCUGCAAGGCAUGUUCCAGCCAUAAUCUUAGAAACAAAAGACAUUCCUUAUACUAUCAGUGGGAAGAAGGUAGAAGUUGCUGUGAAGCAGAUCAUCGCAGGAAAAGAAGUAUCACACCGGGGGGCAUUUUCUAACCCCCAGUCCUUGGAUAUCUACUCUAAUAUUCCAGAGAUCCAAAACUUCUAGGCACUUUGGAUAAGAGACUUUCUGUAGACUUGUACAUACCAUUACUUGACCCACUAUAUCGACCUAUUCUAAAUCUCUUUAGGUAUUUAAGGCAAAUGUUACCCGUUCUCUUGUUUUCUGCCAUUAUAAAAGCCAUGCAUGUCAUUAGGAAUUUGGAU